AUGAGCUACAGCGGGAACCUGCCAGAUUGGCAUCAGUAUAACCCACCACAACAUGGACGUACAGGAUCGUCCGGGUCACAAAAUGCUAAUUCAAGUCAUAUAUACCACUCAAAUAUUAACCCAUCGGCACUCGACUCUUUAAAUUUAACGACAAACGAACGUCAGAGUAAGCAUCAUCGCAAUGACGUUAAUUAUUCGCGUGGUUACGCGUCGACGGCGAUGCCUGGAGCAAAUUGUGGAACCAACUCAAAUACGAGUGUCCACAUGGGGCUUUCAGGCUGUGUGGGCCACUACGGUUCAUCACCUUCGAGAAAUCCGAUGAUAGAGGGUAUGUCGGGCUCAAUGGAUCCACGCUUGGCACCCGUGGGUCCAAUGAAUGAGCCUGAAUUAUCACAUCGGAGCAACCAAAUGCCAUUUAACCCACCAAAUCAUUCAAGUGCAUCAAAUAUAAAUAAUAUUCAUUCUAGUAUGGCUCCACAGACCUCACCAGUGGGACCAAUGUCACCAGGAGGACGUCAAGGUCCACCGUUUGGGAAUUGUAAAGGUCCGUGUUGCAAUCCCGAUGCGAGUAUUGGCUAUCCACAUUGGGAAAAAUACAGCCAUUAUCCACCGAAUGCUCCUCCUUACCGAGAUAAUAUGCGAACCGCUGGUUAUCAUGUGGAAAAUCGUCGCUAUGUACCGGAUAUGAAUCUUAGAAAGGAUUGUAUCGAGAAUAAAGAAUUACCUUCAGCACCAUUUCCUGUGGACAAUCGUCGAAAUUAUCCCGAAUACAAGUAUCGUAAAGAAUUAUCACGAAAUUAUCCUAGUUCUGGUUUAAUUCAAAAUUACAAUCCAAUUCAAGGUUAUAACUUUCCAUCGGAAUGUCAAAAAUGUCCUCACUCUGUUAAAGAUUAUUUACGACGUAGCGGCUCUAAUGCUCAAGCUAUAAAUUCACAAAAUCAAGGAAUUAUUAAAUAUCCAGAGCAGCAGCAGCAGCAGCAGCAGCAGCAGCAGCAGCAGCAGCAGCAGCAGCAGCAGCAGAGUGUUAUUGUACAGCAAAAAUACAAUAACAAACAGAUGUCAUAUCCGAAUGGUGUUAUGGGAACAAAUAAUAUGCCAACAUCAAGCGCCAGUAAUAUUCCAUCAUCACUACAAAAUUCUUACUUUAAUCCUCAGUUACCUCGGGAUAUGGUUAGAGAUUUUCCACGAGAAUUUCCCGAUCCCGGUGCCGUUGGAACUCGAUUACCAACGUCACCUUCAGCGUUACAUGGGCCUUACCAAAAGUACCAUGGUUAUCAACAAAAAUUAUCAAUGCAAAGAUUUUCAAUAGAGAGUCAUUUGCGUGCAAUGACAAGAGUUCCGGGUUACCAAUCGCAUCCUAAAUAUCAAGAAUAUUUGAUGAGAUAUCGUGAAUUAUUGAGGUUACAACAGAAUGCUGAUUACCAAGGAAUGCUGCAGGAAACUUCGAAAUUAUCAAGUCCAUCUAAUGGUCCACCUCCAAUACCACCGAUUAAUUUACAAUUUGAUCAGAACGGUGUUCUUAUUAAUACUAAUUAUAAUCCUGGACAUUUUCCGAGUAUACUUAAUACGGUAAAUCCAAUAGCCACAACAGAAAACACUGAUAAUACGGAUAAUAACCAAACGAAUAUUAUUAGAAAUCCGAUGGAACAACAGCAAAAUAGUUAUAACAAAAUAACAGAGCAAUCAUUAAAUUUAACAAGAAAUCGUGAUAAUAUUCAUCAUCAAGAAAAUUAUUUAAUGCAAAAAAAUGAUGCUACGGAUUUUGAUAAUUUAAUAGUAAAUGUUGAUGAACUUGAUAUGUCACCGCCUAUAAGAACAUCAGCUGCAAAUACUUUGGGUACAACGUCAAUGCUUUCAAUUGAUAACACAAAUUCAAAAGAAUUUACAGAUAAACCAGCACUUGAUGUACGACAAUUUUUAGCUAAUUGGGAUGAGACUGAGGACGAAGAAGCCACAGCUGCUAAUCUUUCACAAGCUGGUAUAAAUAAUAUUACGUCAGUUGUUGGAGGAAGAAGAGCCUCUGUUUCACCACCAAAACAAAUUACAUCUGAAGAUAAUCGUGAAUCACAACAAAAUAAAAUAGUUAAUAAUUCUGAUAAAAUUUCAGAACAGACAACAACAAUACUAGAUGCUAAUUUAAUUGUAAAAAAUAAUGUUGAAAAUAUAAAUGUUACCGGGUUAAAAACAAUUGAAGAAUUAACUAAUUCGGGUACUAUUGUUCAGUGUAUACAAAGUGAUUCUGAUGAUAUACCAACAAUUCAUAUUGUCGAUCAUCUACCAAAUGAAUCUGAAUUAACGACUAUUCAAACGGUUUAUAGUGAUGUAUCAUCAUUGACGAUGGAACAAAUUGCUAAGGCACCAAUUGAGAUUAUUAAUGAAACACCUGAGGGUACUGAAACAAUAACACUCUAUGAACCUGACUCGGGUGUUUGUACUAAAAUACCAGAAUGUAAUGACAACGCGGAAGUCGCUGAAGGUGUAAUUGUCGUUGAUCAAGUCGUUGCUUCUAUAAUUGAUGCAUCUGUAGAAACUGUCGAGACAGUAACUGAAACCGCUAAUGAUAAUAAUAAUAAGAAUGAAACGACGCAACUUGAUUAUGAAAAGUCAUCAUCACAAGCUGAUAGCCCAGAUAAAAAUAGUAGUGAUAAUGAUAAUAGUAAUAAUAAUAAUAAUAAUAAUAACAAUAAAAAUAACAGUAGCAGCAUCCUUAAUAGCAACAGCAAUAAUAAUAAUAAUAAUAAUAAUAAUAUCAAUAAUGAUAAUAAUGAUGAUAACAGUCAUAAAAAAGUGAUAAAUGAGUCAAGUAAAACUAAUCCGUCUCAUAAUGACAGUAAUAGUUCUAUUAAUCUUAAAAAACAACAUUCAUUCGCAAGUGACGAAUCACACAAUCCAGAUGAUAUUAGUUUACCAGAUCUACCGAUGUCUGAAUGUACGCCUAUCUCAACAACAUUAAAUACGCCUAUUCAUUCAGACAGUGAAGAAUCACCGGAACAUGUUACUGAUUUAUCAAUAAACACAAAUCCAAUAGAAGUUAUACAAAAUAGUCCAAUUAUAAGUUUUACACAUUCGCCAAUUAAAAUUGAUCCGUAUGGUAAUUUAGAGAACGGUAGAUUAAAUGAAAAACGGCCUGAAGAUUCAUUGGAUUUUGAUUUUCAUGAAGAAAAUAAUUUAAAAAAUAAAUUUGAUAACAACAAUGAUGUUAGCAGUUGUAAUAACAGUGAUAAUAAUAAUACAAACAAUACAAAAAAAGCUGUUGAAGAUUUCGAAAUUGCCAAGAGAUCAAUCAUUACAUCUACAAAUCCCGCUAUUAUUGUUUAUGUUAAUAGUGAUGAUAUACAUUCAAAAAAUACAUGUGAAAAUCAUCAUGAACAAGUCAAUGACGAUCAUCACGAAAAAGAAAAUUCAUCAGAGAAAGAUAAAGAAUUUUAUCCGUUAUCAGAUCCUCUAGUUGGAAUGACACAGUCUUCAGAUUCAAUAUCAAAAGGUAAUUUAGAAACAUCAAAUCCAAUUGGAGAUGUUUCAAAUGACAUGAUACAGCCUGGCGACUGUUCUAGUGAGUCUUUGGGAGCUAAUACUAUUCUUGGUAAUUCAGUAAGUCGUAUAUUGUCAUCUGAUGAAAUAGAUACAGGUAAAUGUCCAUCAAUUAUAAAUACUGAAGAUUUUCAACAGUCGGAUGAACUUGAUAAAUUAUGUAAUAUGUCAUUAGAUGACUCUUGUAUGAUGCCACUGAUAAGCGACGAUAAUUCAAGGUUAACUAGAGUGCCUUUGUCUUCUAUUGAGGAUCGUUCAUUAACUAAAGUAAUGACAAAUAUAUUGCCCAUUGGUGAUAUGAAUGUACUUGAAUCGUCUGAAGAUGAUAAUGAUGAUGAGCAGUUAGAUAAAGAAGAUGAUGACUGGAUAGAAGUUAAAUCUUUAGACGGUCAAGAUAAUUUAGCUGUGAAUUUAUGUACUAACGAGACUGUAAACAGUAGUAAAAAUUGUUUUGAGAACUCGCUAAGUGAUUUGCAAGCACAUCCCAAUGAGUCAGAAAACAAAACUCAUACUAAUCCUGACAAAGUUAUACAAAUUAAAAAACAUAACACACCGGGUUUUAUAACCGUUACCAGUACUAACAUCUCAGAAGAGUGUAAUUCCAAGUGUGAUAAUUAUUCGUCUAAAUUAAACAACAAAAAAUCGCGAGGUGAUGAGAAGAAACAUUAUAUACCAUCGAUAUUUGACACUUCCGGUGAGUCUCAAAGUACAGAUUUUACAGAUAAAUUUGACCAUCGUAAACCAGAAAAAAAUAAUAGAGAUCGUUUAAAGUCAUUGAGGGAAUACCGUCGAGAUAAAUCUGUUGAAAAAUUAUCAUCAGGGAAAAAUGACGUUGAUGAUUAUGAUUGCAGUCAAGAUAAUUCAUUAUCUAAUGAUUUAGCGGUAAAAACUAAAACAAUUCAAGUUCGUGGUAUUAUUAUCCAAGAUAAUGACAACAAUGACGACGGUGAGAAUACUGAAAGAAGUAAAAAAUUUAUCGGUAAUAAUAAAAAGCAACAAAUGGAUGAAACGUCAGGUAUACAAAGUGAUAAAUCAUUUGAGACAAUAUCUAAUCCAUUUAGAUCCUUAGAAACACAUACAGUUACCAAGUGCUUUCGUGGUGGGCGUAAAGAUACUGAUGUACAAAUACAUGUUGCUAAUAUUAAUGUUAGAGAAAAAAGUGAUGAUGAAGAAAGUGAAGCCAUUGACGCGAUUGAAAUAAAGAUAAAUGUGUCGCGUAGUGAUAAAAAUCGUGGUAAUAAACAAUUGAAUGAUAAAUUACUAGACAAUGUUAAUGAAAUUUGUCGUAACAAUAGUAAACGCGGCUUCUUUUCAUUUCCAGAGGGUGAGACAACAAAUUAUUCACCAAAAUCAAUUUUUAGUCAUCGCCGUCGUAGGUCAGUACCAGAUGAAAUUGAUACUAGGAAGCCAAAGUUUUUUAAUGAAAAAUUAUAUCGUCGACAUAGUGGGGGUCACAGUUUUAAAUCAUACCGUCGAAAGUCUAUCGAUGAUAAACAUUUUAUUGAUAAUAAUAAGAAAAUUCAUCAUCAUGAUACUAUUAAUUCAAUUAAUAGUAAUAAUAACAGUAGACAUUCUGAAUCAACUGUAAUCCAGGAUCGUCAAGAUUUUACUACCGAUAAUGAUGAUAAUUGCUGUAUUAAUUCAACCGAAAUUUCUCAUCAUUCACAAGAUGAUUUACAAGAAACACUUCAAAAUCAUACCAGCACUCAUAAUGAUAUUAAGAAUAAUUUGGAAAGUAUACCAGAAGAUUCCAGAGAAGACGAAAAUAGUAAACUAGUCGAAGAAUUAAAUAGUUCCAAAAUUAAAGAUACGCCAGGUAGAUUAUCGGUAGAUACAACAUUAAAUACUUGCCGUGUUGAUGAUUUGGAUAAUAUUGUUUCUAGAUCAUCGUGUGACAUAACACCCGGUCCAUCAGAUACAACUUUAAUGAAUAAUAUUUGGAAUAAAUCAAGUUUUUUAGAUGACAAUGUAUCAUCGUUUGACUUUGAUAAUUUUGACGUUGCUCCAAAUUUAAAUAGCAAUAACAGCAAUAAUAUGAUCAACAAUGUUAAUGAUAACAAUAGUCAAACGGGGUUUACACUGAUAGACAAUGAAGACGGUAUAUCAUCGAGAAUGGAUGCAGAGGUGCGUAGUAGGAGGUUGGAAGAUAGUGAAAGAUAUCGUAAUCCGUAUUCAAAUGUUAGACAAUCAAGCCCAGAUAGCUUGGGGAUUAAUCUUAAUACAGUUCCGGUUUAUACAACUAAAGACGGCAAGAUAACGUACAGUCCAAAUCCACGAUUUACUUAUCGUGCUCUACUUAUGGAAGCGAGACAGCGUGAGGGUUAUCCAAUGAUUAAAGACUUGUAUCAACCAAGAGUUCAAUCGAAAGAUUACCAAGAAAAAAGAUGGAAUAAACGUAAAUAUGAAUUAACAGAUGGAGAUAAAUAUUAUGAUGCGACUAAACGAACCAAGUCAGCGACCUGUAAAUUUGGAAGUGGAAGAUGGGGAGAUAAUAAUCAUGAUCGACAGAUAAAAAUAAAUAAUAGAUUUAAUAAUAAGUAUGGUGGUAGAUCGAGAGAUAGAGUCGAUGAUUAUGUUGAUUUUAUUGGUGAUCAAAGUACUAUUUACACAGAAAUUUCAACGCCGCUUAAUUAUUCAACAAGUGACUCUAUAUUAAAUUAUGAUUACUAUCAGCAUUCACAGUCUAUGAUCUACAGCGGCCGUAGAAAUGAAGAUUAUUAUCAAGAAGAAACAUCGAAUUUUACAAGAAAACAUGAUGUUAAUUUAGAUUGGGAUCGUGCAAUUGAGUUACCAAGUGGUUCAAUGAUGAAUUACAAUAAUUAUGAUAAUAAUGUAGUUAAUAAUGAAACUUUUCAAGAUAAUAAUAACAGAAGUGUGGACUUAAAAUUAUCAAACGGGGAAGAAUUAGAAAAAUUUCCAAAGAAUUUAACACAUGAUUGCCUUCAUGAAGAUGAUACGGAGAUUUUGAUGCCUGAUGAUAUUUCCAAAACAGAUAUUAUACCAUCAAAAGAUAUUUGCAGUGUUAGUGAAAGACGUGAAAAAACAACGAGAGAAAAAAAUAAAAUGACUCCGGAUUCUUUGGAUCCUGAAGCAUCUAACGACGAUGAUGAUGACUUUAAAGAUAUCGGGGGUAAUUCUAUAAUGAUUAUGAAACCACCAGCUAGCGUUGAUACCGAGCAGGAUUCUCAAGCAAUGCUUACUGAUAGUGGACUUGAAUCUUCUACUACUUAUACAGAAGGUAGUAAAAGUAGUAAAGAGCCAAAGAGAUGCCAAAGAUGGCCAAAAAGAUUGUUAGAUCGUGUGGAAAAAGUUGAUAAUAUUAAAGAGUCUAAGAUUGAUAAUAAUAUUUUUGAAUCAAUAGUUGAUUUGAAUGUUACCGAUAAUAUUAUUUUACCUGUUACUAAUUCUGAUAAUAAUGUUGAAAAAAUUGAUGAUUUAAGUCAAGAUAAAGCCAAAAUGUUUAUUGAAUAUGAAGAUAAAGAAAUGGAAGAAGAAAAAGAAAGUGAAAGUGUCAAUCAAGAUAUGAAAAAUGGAGAGAAAGAGAAAAAAGAAGAAAUUAUAGUUAACGAAACUAUGACUAAAACAAUACCAAAUAUUAAAAAUAUAGAAAAACUAACAAAUUUAUUUCUAUUUGAAAAUAAUGAAAAUAAAUACGACAGUACAAUGCUAAAAAGCCUUGAUUUAGCAUUUCCCAGUCGUAAAAAAGUAACUCGUAAACCAAAUGGUCAAGUUAAAAUUAAUACUGAGACUGUUGUUAAUAUUAAUGAUAAUGAAGAACCAAAUAAUAAAAAUGGUAGUAAAUUAAAUGAUUUACCAUCAUCUUCGUCUGUGUUUACAAAACAAAUUUUAAAUUUUAUGGAAUUUAAAAAAUUAAACGAGGGACCAAUAAUUAGACGCAUAUCGAGUGAUGAAGUUGAAUCACGUAAACGAGAAAAUAAUAUGAGUAUUUAUUACGAAGAUAUAAGUAGUUAUACGGGUGCAGGAACAUCUUUAUCAACAGCAACUGAUGCCAUUGGUGAUAGGAAUAUUUUUGUUAACAAAAAAUUUAAACAUCAACUAAUAAAUAAAUUGAUAAACGUACAAACAACUAUCAGAGAAGCUGAAUCGUGUGACGAUGAAUCGCAUAAUAAUACAGCUAUUUGUUUAUCAUUAAAAGAAAUUUCUGUUAGCGAUAAUCAUAAUAAUGUCGAUGAUGAAGAUGAAGUGUUUGAAAAACCAGCAGUACCACCUGUUGUUUUCGGACCUGCGAAUAAUCCAGAUUUGAUUAAAAUAAAUGAGCCUGAGCCAAGUGAAAUUUCAACAGAAUCUGAAGUUUCUAAUUAUAUUGACACGCGUAGUUCAACGCAAUUCGGAAGCGACUGUGCUGAAUCUAAACAAAACAGUGGUGAUUGUAGUAACAACGCUGGAAUUAAUUUUCUGUCUACGUCUAGUCAAGAAGCUAUUGAUGUCAUCGAUCUUAACGAAAUGAGGAAAAACUUGGUUUUAACUAUACCAAAAAAUGAUAAUUGUGAAACUGGAGAGCAGCUGCAGUUUAAUAAAUUGAAUGAUUUAUCAAAUUCUCAAAACGAAAAUGAUGAUGACGUCGAAAUUGAUGUUGAUGGAAUUAAUGAUAGUGAAGUUGGUGUUGAUGUCGAUGUAGAUGAUAAAACAGAAAGUGGCAGUAAUAAAACUAAUAAAUGUGAUAUUAAUGAUAAAUUAUUGGCAUUUUCUGGUAAAAUAUCUAGUGAAAGUGAAGAUGAUUCAAAUGCUCAAGAUGCAUCACCGCUGCAAAAUGAUAAAUUUGAAAAUUUGAACAUCAUAACUAAUGGGAAUGAAAAGGAUAAAGAAAAAAUAUUGAGUUUUACUGGACGGAUACAGAGUCCAGAAAAUCGUGUUGAAGUACAUCAAAAUUCACCGGUAUUUAGAUCAGAUAAUAAAUUAGAAGAUAAUAAUUUGAAGGUUUUAAAUUUUUCUGGACGUAUACCUAGUCCUAAAUAUCAUUUUGAUACAUUUUCAAUAAAAAAUUCUACUGAACCAAUGGAAAGUUUGAAUACAUCUUCACACUUCAAUGAAAGUACUGAUAAAAAUUUUACAUUUUUGGGAAAAAUAACUAGUGAUAUACAUGGUAAGGUGGUAGAUAGUAAUAAUAAACCAUCAAAAACAGUAAUUGUGUCAGAUAAAAUACCAAAAUUUAUCAUUAAGAAGACUGAUUGUUCGUCAAAAUCAUCAUCGACGAUAUCACAAGUAGUACCACCGUCUGAUGUAUCAUCACUAAAAAGUAUCGACACUAAAGCGUCAUCGAGUCAUAAAAUUUCUUUACAUCCUAAAAUACCAAAGAUGAUAAUACGAAAUUUAAAGUCACGUCCUGGUACUCCGACAGUAGAAGAAAAUGCUGUUGAGUUGUCAUUUCCAAAAGCUCAUGAAGAUCAAAAAAUAUUCGAAGUUAAAAUAAAAUUGGAUGAUAAAAAACAGCAUGAAUCGCGUAAUAAGGAAUCAGUUAAAAAAUCUAUUGGCAUUAUUGAGUGCAAAGUACCUAAAAUGAAAAUAAAACUCGAUGACUGUCAACCAAAAAUGAUUUUUGAAAAUGCGAGUAUGGAAUUAUAUGACAAUGAUUCAGAAUCUCCUAAGAAUGUACCGAAGGUUAAAAUUCGUAAGAUUAAAACAUCAACUUCACAGAACGAAACAUCAUCAUCUAUUAAAGUUACAACUAAGAAGAAUGACCAUUCAGAAAAGUCGGACAGAUCUGAAAAAUUAGAACGAACUAGUAGCAGUAGUAGAAUUGAUAAAUCUAGUGACAAACAUAGAACUGGUGAAUCAAAUCGUGAUAGAGAUAAUGAUGAUAAACAUGAAAAAAUUCCAAAAUUAAAAAUCAAAAAGCCAGAAUCACGUCAUUCUCAGUCAUCCCAUGAUUUAAAAAAGAAGCGAUCCAAAAGCCCGACAGAUAAUUCUAGCUCAUCCCAGAAAAAUUAUCAGAAAAAAUCAUCAAGUCGACAUCGAAGCGAGACGAGACAGUCAAGUGAACGUUCACCAUCCGCAGACAAAGAGGGGAAUACAAAUUCUCAUGCAAGUAUGUCAGAGAAAAUACCGAAAGUGAUAAUAAAACGUGCGUCAUCCAGUGCAGAAUUUAAAUGUGAGUUGAGUAAAGACGGUGGUGAUGCCAUUAAAUUAGAUUCUAAAUGGCAACCAGAAGUUAAACUUGAGCGUUUCAAAGUGUUGGACACAAUGGCUAAAGAAUCAACUCGUGUUAAAAUUCCAAUUAAUAUGCUUCAAGUAUUAACAAUGCGUGACAUAUCACAUGUAUCAACGUGUUCUAAAAGAGAUCGUUGGACGCGUACAUCCUCUGAUCCAAGUGAUAGGACUCAUUUUCGUUCAGAUCGAUCAAUAAGCAAAGGUAAACGCAGACAUUCUGAUUCUGGGCGAUCAGGGAAAGGAUCUUCAAGUUCUAGUUACCAUAGCAGUGAGAAGAAAUUCAAUGACAGGAGAAAUUCAACUAGAAGUUUGAAUGAUGACUCGGAUACCGAAGUAUUUCCGAGAAUAAUCAGACGUGAUGCUCCAAAACGUUUGAAUGACGAGUCGAGUCAAGAUGAAAGUCUCGAUACUGUAUCCACUGCGUUCACUGAUUCAUUUAAAAACCAGCAACUACAUCAGCAGACUCAACAUGAGAAAGCUCCUGUAAUUGAAUUAAUACCAACACCAACGAUAGCUAUAACAACUUCAACAACAAGUGAAGAAACUAAAAGUAAACGAAGAAUAGCUAAUGGUGAUAUGGCACAAUUAUAUUCAGAGGAUGCAAUACCAACGCAAUUUGAACUUGAAUUGGAGAUUGUUGAUAAUAGUUCUGAAUCAUUAGAAGUUCCUGUACCAGAUAUAAAAAAUUCAUUUUUAACAGAUAAUUAUUGUUCACCGAAUUAUGCUGAAUCUGAUAGUGCUGCUGUUGUUAAUGAUAAUUAUUUAAACACACUAAAUAAUCAAAGUAAUAAUAUUGUUAACAAUGUAGAUGAUGGUGGAUGUUGUUCAAAGAUAGUGGCAAUUGAUUAUCAACGUAAAUGUGAUGCAUCAAGUGAAACAAAUAUUUGCUAUUCAGAUUCAUUGGUUAAAGAAGUUUUAGCGGCUAAAGAAACUCUUAAACGGUGUCUCGCCAAAACUAAAAGUGAAAAUAAAAAUAGUGGUAGUAGUAGUAAUUAUAAUAAUUAUAAUAAUAAUAAUAAUAAUAAUAAUAGUAGUAUUGAUAAUAAUAAUUGUGGUAAUAGUAAGUCUAAUUUAUUAUUAUUAAGACCAAAGACUGCUGCAGAAAAGAAACAAGGAACUGGAUUGGAUGUAUUAAAAAGAUCGAGCAAGAAAGAUGAAGUUAAAGUUGAUAAAAAUCGUGUCUUCCAAGAGAGUACAGUUUCGUGUGAUGUUUCACGUAAGGAUUCAUCAAAGUCACAUCACGGAGAAGUUAGAAAACGAGAAGGAACUGAUAGAAAGCAUGAAAGAAGUGACAAGAAACGUGAAGAAAGAUCUGAUAGAAAGCACUCUAAGUCCAAGAGAACUAGUAGCUCUGAUAGACGGGAAAAGCGCUCGAAAAUAGAGUCCGAGUGUAGUAGCAGUAGUAGUAAAAAACACGAUGAAAAACCUGUCAGCGUAACAGUAGCACGUGACAGCGCUCUUUUGCAUCAGCAGCAGCAAGAGCUUAAAACAACAAAGACGACAACUGUGGUUACGGCUAAUAGAACAGAGACAAUGCCUAUUUUAGAACCGGCUGAUCAACUUAAUUUUGAUCUUAAUGAACGAGAUACUUCGAGGUCUCCGCCGGAAAUUACUAAGCAAGACAGCACGGAAUUGAAUUCAGAUAGUCCUAAAAAAGUUGAUGAGAAAGCAAGUGAAAAGGAUGAUUCUGUUAUACAUCAAGAUUCCGAAGCUGUUACAUUUGCUGAUAUCGUUGCGCAAAUGGCUUAUCAUGAAAAGGCUACAAUUAAGCACAAACGCUACUGUAUAUUGUGUGAGAGAUGGUUCCCAACAACAGAGAGACAUAGGCGGCAUUUAACUGGCUAUCAACAUCGGCAUACUGAACUUACGCAACGCAGAACCGUCCAUGCCUUAUUCAUGCUAUUUACUGGUAAACCAUGUCCUCGAUUAUUGCCUGCAAGUAUCGUUAGGACAGAUUGUGUACCUGGUGAACCAACUCCACUCCAAAUAGCUGUUCAAGAUGUAGCGAUAGGCUUGGAAAAAAGCACCAGUAAUAAAAGCAAAAACAUUAAUGAAGAAGACAAGUCGUGA